AUGUCUGAUCACCCCCUGGAAUCGUGGAGAUGGCUAUUCAUCAUUCUUGGUCUUCCAACCGUCCUUUGGGGUGUUCUGCUUUUCCUCAUUCUUCCUGAUACUCCUUCAAAAGCUUGGUUUUUAAGUCGUGAGGAGCGACUUUUCGCUCAACAGCGGCACCAAUCAGUGCAACGUUCCUGGAAGACAAAUGAGUGGAAAAUUUCACAAUUCUGUGAAGCAAUCAAAGACCUCAAAACCUGGUUUUUCUUCGUGAUCAUUACGACUGGGUCGUUGACAAAUGGCGUCAUAUCCAAUUUCUCGGCCCUCAUCAUCCAGAGUCUCGGCUUCGACACAUUCACUACAUUGCUUCUUAAUCUGCCUAUUGCCACCUUUCAGUUCAUUGUUGUGAUAGUGUCAUCUCUGGCUGCUCAGAGGUUUAGAAAAUCUCGCUUGAUUCUCGUCAUUAUCGGGAACAUCGUUGCCCUCGUCGGAACGCUCCUGAUUCGCCAGCAAGAUACAAAUAACAAGGGUGGUCGAUUUGCCGGCGUAAUGUUGCUGCUUGCGUCCAGUAAUAUUUUCCCUCUAAUGCUCAGUUUGAUAUCCAGCAAUGUCGGAGGAAUAACGAAGAAGGCAACAGUCAAUGCGAUCUUCUUUUUAGGAUACUGUGCGGGAAACAUUGCCGGUCCACAAAUGUUUAUUUCUAAAGAAGCGCCAACACACCAGACUGCAUUUACAGGCCUCCUUUCCCUAUUCUGCCUGGUCACGGCUUUCCUUGCUUUAUUCCGACUUUAUUUGGACCUCGAAAAUAAGCGCCGGGACAAGGAGCAAGGAAAACAUAUCGAUGCUGAGCAAAAGGACGGCUGUCCUGUGUCAGAACCCAAUAACGAGGGUCCUAAUUUGCAUGAUGAAACCGAUUUCGAAAACAGUGACUACAGGUAUUGCUUGUAA